AUUCAUCCCCACCAAUCUUGGAGUGCUUUGGAGCAACAGUGGUGAAACUAUCGAAGUUUAACAUUAUGUGUUUUCAGGUGGUUGGAUAAAAGAUGUUUUGCCUGGUUUUAUCAACUAAAAAUGCAUCCCUGCUGAACCCUGGAUGCCACUAACUGUAGAAGAUGGAUAACAAAAGUGAUGUCGUCCCCAUAGAGAGGACCUCUACAAAGUGGGGGUCUGUCACCAUGAUGGAUAGAGGGGAUGCCCCAGCCCAGGUGGUCAUCGAGAAGACACUCAAAGCCCAGUCGGAGCGACGGACAGAGGAGACCAAAGAACAACUGGUUAAGAUCACUGACAGAGUUGAACAGGCAAUGGCAGCUUUUGAACUGGAUGAGAAGUUAAUGAAUGACAACAAGGCUGCAUUCUUUGUUCCUGACUUGAUUGAGCUUGAGAAGAUCAUCAAGGACACGAUACUGAAGAGGAAGUACCAGCAAGAAGUGACCAUCUUCAUUGUGGGAUACGAGACCAAGAACGGACAGCGACUGAAACUACUAUCACAGAUCAAUGAUUUUUUCAGCACCUACAUCAACAGCAUAGAUGAAGAAGAGAUCACGCCGAAACCAGCCGUUGAGAACGAGAUGGAAGAGAUUUCAACCAGGGUCCAGGAAGCUAUGGACACUGCAUCCAGUGCUGCCCAGAGGCUGAACGACAUCGGGACAGACUUAUUCAACUUUGUAGAAAAGUUACAUGGAGGGAAAGCUGCGUCAAAGAGUAAGAAGAAGUUGGAGAAAGCUCUGAUGCAAGCCAAAGAUGACAUCAUGAACCUGACAGAGAAACUCAUGGGAGCCCAAACAGAAAUUGAAGAGAAGGAGGACCAGAUGACUAAACUGUACAAGCAGAUUGAUGUGAAGAACCUUGAAGUUAUGAAGUACAAGAAUAAUGCUGAGACAGCUAAGAAAAAUCUUGGCCAAGUUGAGGACCUGAAGCUUCAGAUUCAGGAGAAGCAGGAAGAGAUUGAUAAACUUCAUCGCUCGAUGGCAGACCGUGACCUCAGCAUGCAACAGAUGGAGCAGUCUAGAGAGACCACGCUGGUCAAACUACGGGCUGCUGGUGGUGAGAACGAGAAGAGACAACACACAAUCGACAAACUUCAGUCAAAGGUAUCAACGCUCCAAGUGCAGUUGGAAGAGUCCAGAAACGAUCUCCAGCGGCAUCAUGAGUCGACCAUCGUCUCUCUCAAACAUCAGCACAAUGGUCAGAUUGAGGCAGUGAAAGCAGAGUACCAGCAGAAGAUUGAUAAACUAGAGGAGGAGUUAGCGAAUAAAGUGAAGCACUGGGCGCCAGAAUCAGACGACGAAUCAGAGAAGCCUAGCUUCAGCAGAAGGUCCAGUCAGCUGGACCUAGCUAGCCGCAAAUCCAAUCGGUUGAAAGAUGAUAAGAGUGUCCCGCCCAGUCGGCAGUCAUCAAACAUCCAUAAGAAAGUGGACUCUUUGAGCCGACAGAGUAGUAUUACAACACCAGCUCAGGAAACGUCCAAACCAACUCCAACUCCAGACACGCCUAAAUCUCAGAAGUCAGACACGUCUAAGGGGUCGAAGCCCAAUACACCUAAAGCUACCGAUAGUACCGACUCCGCUGCCAAGGUGGCCACGCCCAAGAAAGCCGGCCGUAACAAGUCCAACCUGGAGCCCGUCCAUGAGGUGCCCUUCGAGGAGAAGAUUCCAAUCGAAGAUGAGGGACGAUGGGAGAAAGUUCCUCAGGAGAAGCUUCCUUCAGCCUUUAAGCAGUACCGAAAAGAGGCUCUGUUCAUCGUUCAGGGUCUCCAGAAUGAAGUCAAAGUAGUGAAGGAAGACAACCACAAGAAGGUGACCCUACUCCGAACUCAGGUCAAAGAGAAAGAGGAUCAGUUUGAAAUGGAGAAAAACCUGCUGGUUCAGAAAGUUAGUAUUGUUGAGAAACAGAAGAUAGCGGCUGAAAAAGAGGCAGAUGAGGCCAUGGCUCAGCUGGAGAACUUUGUCAAGGAGCAAGGGCAGAUGGCCAAGAUAUCGGAAGAAGAAUCCAAAGAGAAGAAGCUGAAGAAGCUCACUCCAGAGCAGCGCCUGAAAUACUUCGGUCCUGAGAAAUCCAACCUUUCUGUCGACACCAAAGAACCUGUGACGGACAAUAAGGAAGCUGCUCAGAACGGAAAGGCCACCACCGGCUUAAGCAAUCAGGAGCAACUUGUUACGGACGGGGAGGAGCCUAAUGGUGAGCCCCCACCCGCUCAGGCCCCGCCCACAGAAGGAGCCCCUCCCAUUAUUGAGGAGGAGCUUCCCACCAUCGAGGCAACCGAUCAUGAAAUGCAGACCACCCCCGUGGUGCAAGUGGGACGGUCCCAGCAGACGUCUCGCAGGGAGACGCGUGGGCACCAAGAAAUUGUAGAUCGUCUUAUGGCAACAGGUCGUCUGAAAUCUCGUCGGAGAGUCACGGAGUCUCUGCCGUCAGAAAUCGAAUCGGACCCUGAAGAGUGGGAGAAGAAACUCCUCACAGACACUGAAACCCAGACAGACCCCUGGAUAGCACCUAACCCCAACCCGCCCAGUCAACAUGACUCCCCACCUCACAGGAACCCAGCCACCACGCCCGAAGAGGGUGCCAUCGGGAACGCCCGGCCCCUAAGUCGGGAGUCCGACUUCGAUGCUGACGUAGAGUCGGACGCGUUCAGCGAGCGCUCCCUUGCGAUGCAUCUGAACCGCGUGCUGCAGGACUUGACUCUGUCCGAUGAAGGUGAAGAGGACGAAGGGCGCCCUCAGUCAUCAACAAGUCAACGCUCCCUCUACGAGAAGUACCGCGCUCAACUGGAGCAAAAGAAGGCAGAGAUUGUAGAGCGGCGAUCCCGAGCCACCUCCAUGCAUGGCUCUUUACUGAGUGCCAAAAGUGAGAGGCUGGGUUCCAGACCGAGGAGUAACUUGACGACAUCAUCAGGGGAUAUACCAUUUCCGGAUGAGGUGGACAAAAUGGACAUGGCCACGUCGCCGGUUGCCUUCUCAGUCUCAAGCAGGUCAUCAAAGCAAUCAGUGGAUUCAGUUGCAGAUCAUCCGAUCACCCAGGAUUAUCUCAAGGCUUAUCAGAUUAUCAUGGACUUUAAGGAUUCUCUCAUCAAAGUACUUACAGAUAAAGAUCUACUAGCGGCUGCAGACAGACUAUCUGACAUUGGCCAGUUGACCUUUGACCGGGACCUGAAUGUUCAGAACCAGGUGUUUGAAAUGACUACCAGUAUACAUAGCUUUUUGAAAGAGGCAGCUAGCAUCAUCAACAGCUACCUGUAUAAUGAUCAGGAGCCUGCUGUAUCCUCUCUCAUCACCCAGGGAGAUGCCUCUAAGGCCAUGAGCUUCCAGAAAGAGAACACAGAUGAGAAACUGAGCAUGGAGAGAGAGAUGACCAACACCUUGACGGCCGAGACUGACCCAGAGGUCAGGGAAAUCAGAGAGAACUAUGAAAACAUGAAAUCAAAUCUGGACCAGCAAAAGAAAGAUUACGAAGACAAACUCAACAACAAUGCGAUCAUGAUGAUGGAGUUACAAGACACCAUUCAGGAGUUACAACACGAGUUGUCUGCUUUCGGAUCUCCAACCAAACCCUACUCAGCUAUGUCUGGAUUCUCCAGCCGGUUUGACCCUAAGACAGAACCAAUGAUAACCUUCUCAAGAAUGGACUCGGAGAGGAACCAGAAAGCACUCAAGAGGGCCGUCAAUGCACAGAGGUUGGAACCAGAGUACUAUAACGAAGUAGUACAAGCCAUGGACCAGUACACAGUAUUACCUGCAAAACGUCUGGUACACCUCGCCAAGAAGUAUGCACAUCAUACGCAUAUGAAGCACAUCGAAGAGAAUGUGAGACAGAGUAACUCAUUGGAUGAAGAGGUGUAUACAUUACUUGAGAGGAUGGAGGCAUUACAGAGCCUGAGGGCACAGCGCUGGGGAGAGCAGAUGGACGCCUUGUCGUCAGAGCGUCUUCAUCUGGCCCACAUGCUGAUGGAAGCACUGCAACGAGUCGAAGAAGAAUCGGGCAUCUUCAUGAUUAAACCUAUACUAUCAUGGAGAGGCAGGAACCAGAUACCACUCUACCAGCAGAGUAGAAUCAGUGAAAGUUAUCGACCGCACAAGACCUUCCUGAAACCGAUCCCUCCAAUGCGUGACGGUACCCCGCUUAACAUGGUACCAGCUCCCACUCCAGCAUCACAACAUCCCAUCAAAAGUGCAGCAACAAGACCUAGAACACAGGAACCACCAGUGGAAACAACUCCUGCUCCAGUGGAUGAGUCAAACGAUGUCCCAGUCAAAGGGUCCAGCAUUCAGCUGGUUGGUCCCCAGUCCCAGCCCAUGUGGGCAAUGUCCAACUCGUUCACCAGGCCUGGGGCAGACGGUGACACGGCAAAGGACCGUUUCGCCAAGAUCACCACGCCCCGUAUCCUGGAGCUGGAUGUUAACCGGAUGCUGAUUGGUCAGAAUACAGUCAGUGCUUUGACGAAGCCGUUUAUAAGCAAUGAUAGAUUGGUGAAUGCAUCCAAUGCCAGUGUCCGAUCCUACAUGAGCAUUGAUCGCCCGUCAGCAAAUCCAGCACAGAAUAGAGGACGACCCAACUCAACAGGUACCGAAGGAGCCAGGCAAUCACCGUCAGUCCUCGCUGUAAAGACUCCAAACAGUGCUGGGUCCCGUCACAGCAGAACACGCAGCGAGGGAGCCCUUUCCCUAAGCCAGCCUCUUCCACCAAUCAAAGUACCCCUCAAUAAUGACCUCGAGGGAAGCAGACCAGGGACGACAGGGUCAGUGGGUUCUUCCAUUCACAGAAGAGAUCUAUCGAGGCCGGUCACUCACCCUUCACCUCCCCGUACUCCUCCCGGAUCUUCCAUCCGACAAUCUCCGCCUUUCAUGAACGCCGUCGAUCUGGACGAGAAACAAGACGAGGACGAUGACGCGGGAUCGACUGGUCAUGUGACUAAAAUCUCAAUGCGAUCGGCGUCGCAGUCAACCGAGCGAAGUUUCACGCCGGAUAGAGAAACAUGACAGAGUCCUCAGACAACUCAUUCAUAGAUGUCAGAACUUCGCUUGCAAUAGAUUUUGACCAAUUAUUUCAUGUGAAAAAAAUAAUUAUAACAUGCAGUCCUUAUUUUUAUUCCUAUUGGGAGAGCAUUGGUUUAAGUGUCUCGCUGUAGAGACACGAAUGCCAUGACUCGGACCCAAACACUCUGGUUACACCAGAACUUGAGUCUGGUAGCCUAGAACAAAUCACUCUCAAAUUAAGCCAAGAAAUUCUAACAUUAUUCCAAUUUAUUUUAAUUCUUAAAUAUCUGGAUAAUAGCCUUCUUUACAUAAUGCAAAUAGUAUAUAGCCACAUGUAAAUUUUGUUUUGUAAAAAAAAGUUGCAACUCGUUCACUAUUUCCUCUUCCAGUUCCACGCAAUCUUGUGGAGCCCUAAAACCAUAUCCCGGGGUAUUUCCCUGUCUGGUUAGGUCUGCCCUAACAAAAAACAAUUUCCUUCUAAAUUAUCUAGUGUAUUGCAGUGCCCAAAACACACCCAUCAGAUUGCUGGCCCAAGUACAUUGUAAGCCAGACAUUUCAGAAACACCAUAACCAUCUAUAUACCUUGUUAAGUUCAAUACAAGUUGAAUCUUUACCAUUGUUGUGCACUUAAAACACUUUUAAAUUAAACCUUUAAAGACACUAUUGGUAAUUGUCAAAGACUAGACUUCACACUUGGUGUAUCUCAACAUAUGCAUAAAAUAACAAACCUGUGAAAAUUUGAGCUCAAACUGUCGUCAAUCUGGCGCACAAUGGUCACACGAAGUUGUGAGCUUACAGAUACUUGAUUUCGAGACCUCAAAUUCUAAAUCUUUUCUAAUUCUUAAAUCUAAUUCUGGAAAGUUACUUUUUUUCCCGAAAACUAUGUCGCAUCAGAGGGAGCCGUUUCUCACAAUGUUUUAUACCAUCAACCUCU